UUGUGAUUUGCUUCUUUAACAGAGAACAUCAUCAUCUAAGAAUUAACCAAACAACAAAAAACAACAUAACAUUAUAAAAUAAUACAACAAAACGCACACUCACACAGAAAAACAUAAAACAAAUUUUUAUAAUAACUAAGUUUAAUAAAAAAAAUAAAAUUUUCGAAAAAAGUGUAACGUAAUAUUUUAUAAACAACCAACAAAAAAGAAAAAUAAACCAAAGGAUAUUUUUACACCACUCACACACAUCAUCACUCAAGCAAAGGAUAUUUUACAAAAAAAGUGUAUAAAAUACAAGGAUUGCCUCCAGAGCAUAUCAUUUCUCAAGCAAACCUCAAGACGAAGACAUCUAAGAACAAAAAAAAGGAAGAAUAUUUUUUAGUGUCUUAAGAAAAAAAAAACACAAUCGGAUUUACGAAAAACCAAAAACGUGAAAUACCUCUCACAUAACCGAAAAAUACCUCAUUUUGUUUAAACAAAAAAGAAAAAUUGUGAACAACAUUUUUUUUAACAAAAAACUACAACAAAGUACAAAAAGACAAGGAUUUACCCAAGGAUUAUUUUGUGAACAACCCAAAAAAGAAAAUUUCGUGUUUUUGACACGAAAUUAAAAAUUCGCUAAAAAACCCCAAACACACACACAUAACAUGGCUAUAUCGCUGCUACAGGACGCACAAACAAGAACACUAGCCGCCGCUUUAGCUGGCAUGCAACAGCGCGAAGAAGUCGAUCGCUCACUAUCGCUAUCGCCUCCCAUGUCUGCCAACACCUCCGCCAACACAGCCAUGUAUCCUGGUCUCCAACAAGCUGCCGCAGCCUCUGCCUUUGGCAUGCUCUCACCCACACAAUUGCUGGCCGCCAAUCGCCAAGCAGCUGCCGCCUUUAUGGCCGCCCAAUUACCCAUGUCCACAUUGGCCUCCACCCUGUUCCCACAUCAUCCUGCCACACUCUUUGGGUCCUGGGCCGCUGGUAAUCCCGCCACUGCCGGUCUGGCUUUGGGCGCUCCUCACUCACCACCCGCCUCUCCUCACUCGCCCAUCAAUGUGAACACACCCAGCAGCGGCAAACAUUCACUGAGCAUGACCUCGCCCACAGCCUCCAUGCAAUGCGACAUGCCCGCCAAGAAGGCCCGCAAAAUCAAUGUCAAAAAGGAUUUGAUCUCGCCCAGCAUGGAAAUGUCCAUGAGUGUCAGCGAUAUGUACAAUAUGCCUGGUCCCAUUUCACCACCCUCAUCUGGUUCAUCGCCCAACAGCUCCUCCCAUGAUGUGUCCAGCCCUGCUGGUGCCGGUGCCAAGGAUGGUGCUUCCCGUGACAAGAGCUUCACCUGCAAAAUCUGCUCUCGGUCCUUUGGCUACAAACAUGUCUUGCAAAACCAUGAACGCACCCACACCGGCGAAAAGCCCUUCGAGUGCCCCGAAUGCCAUAAGCGUUUCACCCGUGAUCACCAUUUGAAGACCCAUAUGCGCCUGCACACCGGCGAGAAGCCCUAUCACUGCUCCCACUGUGAUCGCCAGUUUGUGCAGGUGGCCAACUUGCGUCGUCAUUUGCGUGUCCAUACCGGUGAGAAGCCCUACACCUGUGAAAUUUGCGAUGGAAAAUUCAGUGACAGCAAUCAAUUGAAGUCCCACAUGCUGGUGCACAAUGGCGAGAAGCCCUUCGAAUGCGAAAAGUGCCACAUGAAGUUCAGACGCCGCCACCAUUUGAUGAACCACAAAUGUGGUGUGCAAUCGCCCAUUACUCCAGCCCUGAGCCCAGCCAUGAGCGGUGACUACAACAUCAUGAACUGUGACCAGAAAUCUUUCUAUGGCUCCGAAGAAUCCAUGGAGGUCAGCAAGCCCUUGGUUAGCCAUUCGAUCAUGCACUUGGCCGGCAUUUCCCACAUGGAAGAAGAAGCUCCCUUGGAUUUGUCUGAGGAUGGCAGCCAAACCGAUGAAAUCGAGGCCAUGCGUUUCCGCAAGGCUAAUGAUAUUCGUCGUGUCUUCCGUUUGCCUCCUCCCCAGAUUAUGCAUGUGCCCAGCGAUAUGCCCGAACAAACCGAACCCGAGGACUUGAGCAUGCACUCGCCCCGCCAUCAAGUGGCCUCAAAUCCCUCCUCAGCUGCCCAGAGCCCCGAACCCAUGCUCAUGAUGCAAGAUGAUUUGGACUUGGAUGAAUUGGAUGAUGCUGCCACCAUGUAUAUGCGCCAACAGCAACAACAACACCAACAACAGCUCAAACAUGAACGCAUGGAAUAAGCAAGCGAUCCUCAUCCUCAUCUUUUACAACGAAGACAAUUCCAAGAAUUCUUAGUCAUGACGCAAAUCCCAAAGAUUGUAACCAAACUCGAAUUAGCAACUCCAGGCAUUCUCCAUCAAAUGGAAAUGUGCUCCGGGCAAAAUUUCUAAAAUUUUGUGCUGCCAAGCAAAAAUGAAAACGCAUGCUGCAUCCUGCACCCAAGACGCAUCAACUCAAACAGGUCUAAAACUAAAUGAAAUCCCCAAGUACAACUCGAAAAACAAAACAAAAAACAAUUUAUCCUAGAACGUAAGUUGAAACAAACAAACCAAAACCAAUCAAUUGCACAUAGAAAAAACAUUUAAAUUGUACAAAGAACAACAAAAACAAAAUUUGGUUUCUAACAAAACAGUGCCAUUUAUAUUUAAGUUCUAUUUUUAAGUUUAUCAUUUUUUUUAUUUUUUUAUUUUUUAUUUUUAUUAUUAUUUUAUAUUUGAACGUUGCCUCAAGAUUGUAUAUAUUCGAAACCAAUCAAAAAAGGAAAUGCAUUUGUAAAUAGCCAAACCCAAAUUUGAAUUGUACAUAAAACAAACAAAAUUAAUUUUCCUUUUUUCAAAAUUGCACAUAUGACAAAGAAAAUUAUUUUUUAUUAUUAAUUAUAUAUAUAUAUUUUUAUUACUUAUUAAUUAGUUGUUUAAGUUGUAGUGUGGUAAACAUUUAUUUUUAAAUCAAAAAAAUUCUUUAAGAAAUUUUUUUUCUUAACCAAUCAAAAUUAACUUUAAGUUUUAUUUUUUUGAAAAAUAUUUUGAAAAUUUGCAAAAAUAAUAAUUGUUUCUUUCUGAUUAUAAACUAAAAAAAAAGAAUUACAUUGUUUUUAUUAUUAUACUUAUUAUUGUUUUUUUGUAAAAGCAAAUUAGUUACAAUUGAUGAUUAACUAGGUGUGGAUUUUGAUGUGAGUAACAAUGGAAAAUAUGGAAAAAAAUACAAGAAUUUUAAAUAAAAAAUAAUAAUUGGAAAAUUAUUUG